CUACCUUUAGGAGGCGCUUUGUUUCUCCCCUCCUCCUCUUUCUCCUCUCCAACCGUCUUCCGACGGACCGCGCAAACCGAACACUUCUCCUCCCCGGCCAUCCUUCAGCCGCUUGCCAAAGGCGGUUUGCAACCGUCGAGCCGGGGAGUCCCCCUCAGCUCCGCUUUGCUCAGCAUGGAGAAAGGAGGCUUCAAGAGACUCGGGCGGCUCUUCCACCAUAGGAGCGAGUCCGAGGACUCCGAACCGGAGCUGGGUAAGGAUACGCCGGUUUCCUCUCCUUGUCCGUCGCCUUGCUUAGAAGGGCGGCGGGAACAUCGCGGCAGCUGCUCCUCCACUACCACCACCACCACCGUUUCCGGAGAGCGCAAGAAGCGGUCGCCUUUCGGGCACUGGCGCUUGAAGAAGAAACAGCAGCAGAGUAAGGACGAAGAGGCAGCGGGGGGCAAUGCGGUCAUCUCUUCCCUGUUCGCGUCCUCCUCCGACGCUUCGGAGCCCACGACUCCCACCAACAGCUAUUUUGACAUGCCUGAUAUGCAGUAUGCUACUCAGGAAAAACAGCAACCUCUGGUUCCAAUACAAAAUUCACAGUACGCUUAUGGUAUCUCAGUGGAUUCAAUAUCUUCGUCUACAUUGCCAUCUUCAUUUAGAAAGUCUAAAACCCGCUCUUCAGAGUCUUCAAAGGAAUUAAAAAAGAAGGCAGUUUUGGGAAAGUUUGGACAUUUUUUUACUACAGGGAGGAGAAAAAAUCCCAAGAAUACACAAGAAACAUCUUCAAAGCCAAGUAUAAAAAUUAUAAGGCCUGAAUCUCCUCACAAGAAUUUAGCCCCAUUGGCAUCCAUAGAAAUAGAGGACCUAAAUGACCUAUCUAAGAGUGAGGAAUCUCUUACUGAUUCGAUUUACGAGCAGAACCAGUCAAAGAGCCAGGAUACUAUUGACAGUUCAGAAGAUUAUCUCUACAAUAGGGAUUUGACACCUUUAUAUAAUGACAUUGUUUCAGAAUGGAACACUAAAGGACUUUCUUCUGGCAGUGAAUUGUCACUUGAUUGGCAUAGUAGUAAUGAAACAAUAAAAAAUACAUUAUUUGAUAGCAAUCUUACACUUGGGACACUGGAAGGAGAAAACGAACUUGUCACUGAUACAAACACAACUCCAGAUUUCUUUAAAAGUUUAUCUACUCUAUCUGAUGAAAAUCUAGAACAAAUUAUAUUAAAUCACAAGGAAUUAGUGGAGCCUCUUACAUUUGCAGAAUCAGAAUAUGCAGAAUCAAAAGAUCAACCGUUUUUUGUGGAACCUAAGCAAGAUGAGCAACCCCAGCCUUCUAGAAUAUUGACACUGGAUAUUUUUCUUCGUAGAGCUGAACAACAAAAUUUGAAUAAACCAGUAGCUGUUGCAUUAGACGACGAUUGUAGCAACACAGACAUAAUGGAUAAAAAACCUGCAAUUAGGAAAUCUGGAAAGAGAAGAAAAUCUCAGAGCUCCAGUGAUGUGCCAAAUGGGGAUAGAAACGCAAGUGAAAAUACUGGGAAAGAGGAGCCUGGUUUUGAUGGUAUUCCUUCUGAUAUGGUUUCAGAAAAAAUAAGCACUUCUGAAAGAAAAGUUAGACCUUGUCAACAGAUUAUGUCUCCUGCAAAUAAUAACGACAUAAGGUCUGGAAGUAAUCAUAAGGGUUUUACUAAAUCAGAGCUUGAGAAGUGCAAGCAGCAGAGCCCAGCCUCAUCCUCAUAUAAAAAGAAAUCCUUUAAAAAGAAUCAGUCUGAUGCAGGUCCUCCAUCACCCAUAGGCAUAAAAAGUCCUGGAAAAAAUCCUUCCGCCAAAAGACAGAGUGACGGCAUAAUGGAUGGUAAUCCAGCAUCCAAAUGUACUUCAGUAGAAGAAUUGCCUUCUGAUGACAACAUUGUAGUUUCUCCUGUAGGCAUUGUGAGCAAUAGCAGCUCACAAUUGCCUUCUGAAGAGAGGACAGAGUCUCAGGAUUUGCACCCUGUCAGAAGUUCUGAUGGCAGGGUUAUAUUGCAGGCUGACAAGCAUAAAAAUGAUGAGGUGGAAGGCAAUGGAAGGCAAAUUUCUUCUGAUUUGGAUGAAGCAAAGCCAAGAAAUAUAUGCCUUGACGUUUCCAGAACAGUCACAACAAAAGUUAGCCUGCCAGCUAAACCAAAGAAUGUUGAAUUAAAUCUUAAAGCUUCAAAAAGUCUGGAAAAUUUGGCAAAUGACCAAGAUGCUACAGACAAAGUUAAAAUUAACUUCAGCAUUGCCAAUAAAAUAUCCAUGUUUGAAAGCAAGCAAAAUAAUCAACAUCAAUCUGCUGAUGCUCCUGCUUCAAAAAGAGGUUCUGUAUCAAAUACAUUUGUUGGCAGAGCAAAGUUAAAGUUUGGACGACAGCAAACUGAAAGUGAACAGACUAACAAAAUAACAAACAAAGGAAACCAUCGUCAGAAAUUAUUGCAAAAUGGCACAAAAGUAAAAGAAAUCUCUUCAGACACAAACAUUAAGGCACAGAGAAAGAUUGAGGCAAACAGUACAUGUGAUGAUGUUAAAAAAAGUGAAGAGCUUGGAAAAAUUGUUAAAUGUCAAGUUAAUGAGAAUGACAAAGUAGAUGGUACUAAAGUGAAUGAUUCCACUUUUACAAAAAUUGAUACAGAAUUAGUCAAGGACAAAGACCUAGAUAAUGUUUCAUCUAUAGUGCAGAAUGAAGAAAUAGAAAUAAAUAAUUGGAGUAUGAAUGCCACAUCCUUAUCUCCUGAAAGCGAAGAGACAUUUUCUUUGAGCUCAGAUCAUUACUUUCCCAAUAAUAAUGAUAAAUCUUUGCCGCAGCCUGAUCCGACACCCCAAACAUCAGAAUUAAACCAGAUUUCUCAGUUUGAAAAUAAAGAUCAAAAGGUGAUUAAUACUGUUUUGGAAGACAACCAAGAAUUUGAACAAAAUAACAGCUGGCAAGAAAAUCAAAGCAGUGGUUGUAAUGUUUCUGAAAGCAGCAGCACUGAUGGCAUUUGUGACUCUCCUUCAGAUAUGGCCAAGUUCACAGAAACACUUAAAAAUCUAGACAGUUCUGUUUGUAUACCUCAGAAAAAGAAAAAGCAGAAACUUCCAAAGUCUCCUGCCCCUCACUUUGCAAUGCCUCCAAUUCAUGAGGACAAGUUGGAGAAAAUAUUUGACCCUAAUAUAUUUACCGUGGGAUUGGGAAUAAAGAGAGACAGAUCACAAGAUCUAACUCCAUCUGUCCAGUUAAAAUUGCAAAGUUUAGAGACUGAUGCUAGGAUUAGACCUAAGCGGGCUUCUGCUGAGAACAGCCUUCUUCUCCAGUCCCUGAAGUUACCAAGUAGAGCAGAUUCAGCUCUCAUGCAGGAAAUGAAUGGGAAAGAGAACAAGGACAGCACAGACAGUGACAUCAAGAGGUCUCGACUUGAAAACAGCGCCAUCUUCUCCAGUCUGCUAGCUCCCACAACUAAAGAAAAAAUGUUUACACCAUCUGUAACCACUGUAAACACAAUCACAACAUCUUUUGCAUCUCAGAAGAAUGCCACUUCUUCAGGAAUUCCUCCUUCAAUAUUUGAUGUAACUCAGAAAUCUGAGCCUCUUCCAGGUUUCAAAGCACCAAACUAUAUGGAUAAAUAUUUACAAACUGAUGAUGCAAAAAGAGAAAGAAUUUUACAAAUGCCAAACUUUGGAAGCCUUGAAAACAGUUUUUCAAACUGGUUGAAACCUGGUCAGUGUGAAUCAAAUGAAUUCUUAGCUUUUGAGACAUUUUCAGGAAAAAACCAGAAUAAAACUAAUCCUAGACCUGGAAAGGUCAUGAUUUGCAAUAAAUCAGAUGCUUCCGAAAAUAGUUUUGAAGUUUUUCAUGAUGUGUUGGAUUGCACCUCUUGGAAAUUGUCACCUGUAAUUUUAGUUAAAGUCAUCCGAGGAUGUUGGAUUCUGUAUGAGAAACCAAAUUUUGAAGGAGUUUCCAUUCCGAUGGAAGAAGGAGAAUUGGAAUUUUCAAAUCUUUGGGGGGAAGAAGCAUUUGACAGUGAAGAUACAUGUAAAGAUCCCGAGCCUAUUGUGAUUGGUUCAAUCAGGCAUGUAGUAAAGGAUUAUAGAAUUUGCCGAAUUGACCUGUUUACAGAACCACAAGGAUUAGGCUUAGUAAAUGCAUAUUUUGAUGAUACUGAAGAAACACGACUUGGGUCUUCUCAGAAGACUUGUUCUAUCCAAGUGUCUUGGGGCAUAUGGCUACUUUAUGAAGAACCUGGUUACCAGGGAAUCCCUUUAAUGUUGGAACCAGGAGAAUAUCCUGAUCUGUCAUGCUGGGAGAAAAAAGAGGCAUAUAUUAGAUCUUUGAAGCCCUUGAAAAUGGGUGGACGCAAGGUUGAAUAUCCUAAAAGCCGAAAGGUAAUUGUUUAUGAAAAGCCAUUCUUUGAAGGAAAACAUAUAGAACUGGAUUCAGAAUUAACAGCUCUUGCUAAGGAAGGAGACAGAACUGAAGAAUCUGAAGAGUUGGAAAAUGAGCUGCUUACAUCAAUAGGAUCCAUAAAAGUGAAGGCAGGAAUCUGGGUUGCUUAUGAGAAGCCAGAGUUUGAAGGACAUCAGUAUUUACUGGAAGAAGGUGAAUACCAGGAAUGGACGGACUGGGGUGGUUAUGAUGAACAGUUGCAAUCACUUCGGCCUGUACUAGGGGAUCUGAUGCACCCUCACAUGAUAAUGUACACUGAAAAAGACUUUGGCAAUAAAGGCUCCAGUAUAAAUGUAUUAGGGAUUAUUUCCAAUUUGAAGGAUACCGGCUAUGGAUUAAGGACACAAUCCGUAAAUGUGAUUAGUGGAGUGUGGGUGGCUUAUGAAAACCCUGACUUUACAGGAGAACAAUAUAUUCUUGAUAAAGGAAUGUACCCCAGCUGUGAAGCUUGGGGAGCAAAGAAUAAUAAGAUAUCUUCAGUUCAACCCAUACUUUUGGAUAUCAUCAAUGAUCAUGUGGGAAAAUUUAAGGUCCAGUUAUUUUCAGAACCAGAGUUCCAAGGCAGCAGUCAAAUACUUGAGAAAGAUGUUUCUCAAAUUGCGGAAUUUCCUGCUAAAUCUUCAAAAGUAUUAUCUGGCAGUUGGAUUGCAUAUGAUAAAGAAAAUUUCUCUGGGAAUCAGUAUGUGUUAGAAGAAGGAGCCUAUCCUGAUCUGUCUGCAAUGGGUUGCCUACCCCAAACGUGCUUGAAAUCGUUACAAGUUAUAAAUAUUGAACUUUCUGAGCCAGUUAUAACCCUUUUUGAAAAAGAAAACUUCAAAGGAAAGAAAUUUGAAUUCAUUACAGAAAUAGUAAAUCUCCAGUUUCUUGGCUACAAUCCUCAUAUUGCUUCAGUAGAAGUCCAUGGUGGCAUAUGGAUUAUUUAUGAACAUCAUAAUUAUAAAGGCCGUCAGAUUUUACUAACGCCUAAAAAAAUAUCAAACUGGAAAGAGACAAGCAGCUAUCACAAAAUUGGUUCCCUACGACCUUUAUUGCAGAAACAAGUGUACUUCAGACUCAGAAACAAAGAGACCGGAAAAUUCAUGGCAGCUGAUGGAAAUAUGGAUGACUUGAGUCUUCUGAGGAUACAAGCUGUGGAAGACAAUAAAUCUGGAGACCAGAUCUGGCUUUAUCAAGAUGGAUUCAUCAAAUGUAGGGGGGCAGAAGACAUCUGCUUAACGAUUGUAGGAAAUUUGAUCACUCCUGGUACAAAGCUGGGCCUGGCCCUUCAGCAAAAUGAUGAAAAGCAAAACUGGAGUUUUCAUUCUGAUGGCAAGAUUUACAGCAAAAUGAAACCAAAUUUAGUAUUAGAUAUUAAAGAGGGAAAACAAUACGAUCAAAACCAUCUAAUUCUCAGUACAGUCAGUGAAGACAGACCAACACAGUGCUGGGAGCCACUGAUUAUUUAAAAGGCGGAUUGAGAUGUAAUCUCAAUACUUGAGAAGUGGAUUAGACAAAUGGUGGUUUUCCAAGCAGCUUGUUCAUUUGAAGAAACAAAAAUUAUAAUAUGCUAACUCCAUCACUGCAUCCAAGAGUAGAGUACCCCAUAUGGAUGUCAUGUCACCGAAUUUCUAUUAUGUUUGUUAACUCUGCCUUGUUUCAUUAUUUUGCUCAAGCCCCUGCCCUCCAUGCUCUGCAGAGGGGCAGACCAAACCAGAAAUGAGGAAGUUACUAAAUAUGGAGUUAUAACAUGCCUAGAAUUGACUCCUUGUUUCAGUUUCUCUUUUCCAACUCUUUGGGUAGGACACAAGGAAGAUGACAGGUUUGGCAAGCUCGGCCAUACUUUCCUUUGCCACGAAUGAAAUUGUGUAUGAGUAUAUGGUAUAAAUAUUCUGGGUUGAAAGGAAAUAGUCUUAGACUCUUCUGUCCUUUUCUUAUUACAAACAUGCAUCACAAGCAGCUAUUUUAUAUCACUAAGGCUACUAACAUUUUAAUGUGCAAUUCUAAAUGUACAAGUAAACUUUUAAUGUUUUGGUGCUCCAAGCUUAGAGCUGAAAUUGAAUUUAUAUUGCACUGGAAUAUUUUGUAGUGAAAACUCAUUGCUAACUAGUUCAACGUCAUCAAAAAAUAAAUUAGAUAUUUAUGUAAAAUCUAAAUCAUUUCAGAUGAUUUUAAAAUAAAUGAAAUUGUGAAAGAUGAAUGCUUUAGUGCCUAACAAACAUUUGUUGCUGAGUUUUUCAUCUGUUAAAAAUGCCAAUUAUCUGCGUGGCUGCCUUAUUUUACACAAUUUGCACUUACUAUCUCUGUAGAUGACAAGUAUACUGUUUCUGUAUUCUAAAUUGAGUUACUUUAAAUAGUGUAACAAGCUAUAUGUGACUUGCGUAGCACAGCAGUUCUUGCUUUUUAAUGAACUGCAUUAAAAAAUGUUUCCCUAUGUCUUUGCUUUAAACCUUCUCUGAUGAAACUCACUACGUGUAUUGCAUGUAAGUUUUCUAUUUCUGAUUCUGUAUUCAGGUAAUUUCAAUGUUCACUGUUCAGUUAUUCCUGCUUUACACCCCCUUAUUUGCAUUCACAUUCCUCUAGUACUAUACUGAUCAUUAACAUGAAAAUGUGGUCUCAAAGUUUGAAUUCAGAAAAAUCUAACCUGAAUAUCAGAAUACCAAGUAGUUUCUUGCAGAACAUUUAAUGUUAAAGCUGGCUUUACUUGUGCACAGUUGUUUCUACAGUAAAACAAACCCUACUUUAAGAUAUGUUUAUAUGUAACUGCUGAAUUUCAAAAUGUUAAAAUUCUGGCAGGUAAAAAAAUGCCACCAAAAAUAUUUGUUAUAUUGUCAUCACUAAUGACAAAGCUAUCACACACUACUACUGAAUGGAAAACACUGCUAAUAAAUCCCUGUUUCUUCAGAAUGUCUAAUCUAGGUGCUGCAUUUUACAAGAGAAAUUAGAAAUAAAAUAACUCCUGCAUCAAUAGCCCUCGCUGUUCUUCUCAGGUCUGUAACUAUUAUUUCUGUUUUCUGCUGCCAUGUACACAAACGACUUGAAAAGCAACAUUGCCAACAACUAUCUUGGAGCAUUAUCAGAUGUUGCUUAAAGCCCAGGCAGCAAGCUGAGUGUCUUUCCCCCACCCUACACACACAAUUGAUAAGACCACACAAAAACCUGCCACAGCAGCAGGAGCUAGCCAAGCCUGCAUUGGAAAAUGCCUGGCUAUGCCACACUGAGAAAUCAGUAGGGGCUCAAUUAGCUUCCAACACAGAUCUGAAGUCAUAACUAGCAAUACCCUUAGGCUGCUCAGUCAAAUGUCAUGAAAAUCUAUAAGGAUUUAACAGUGCUGCACUGGUUUGUUUGGAAACCAGUAUUGAGUUAAUUUGCCAUUGUUUAUUGGGAAAUCAUAAUACUCAAUACAGAUGUUAAAAUGUUUACUUUGACCCCAAUGUGCUGUAUAACUGUUUGCAAUAAUCAUGUAGCUGCUAUAUUUUUCUGGUAACAUUUUGAAACUGCUGCUUAUAUCCUUGAUAAAGAAAAUAUUUUAGGGUGUGGUAUUUGCAGAAAAUGUCUUUGUGUCCAAACCCUUGUAUAAACAUAUGUAUUUUACAAAUAAAUAUUACUCAGAUGGAA